CCAGAAGCCCAGGGUGAAUAUAAGUAUGUGAGGCCUUGUGAGGUUUUACCACUGCCUGAGGACUCCUAUGCAUGGACCCUGGGCGAGAGUCAUUUGCGAAAGUGUUCUGGAUCCCACUUUCUGGUGGGAGCUUCGAUCAAAGACUUAUUGGAUCUACAAAGAGCUAGCAAGCCAUCACUUACAGCAAAGUUCUUGUUGGGAUCUUGUUUUUCUUCCUCAGCAGUGGACAAGGAUGAAAACUCCACAUCAAAGCUUAAGGCAGCAUCACUUGUGAUCGCCUUCAUCUUGCUUUACAAACUGAAGUUAUCGAGGUAUAGCUCCCAAGGAGGUCCCAGUUCCCAGGAUGGCCUUCGGUCUAAGCAUGGCAGAGAGCUUUUGAUGGAUAAAAUUGACACCAAGCUUAUGCGGAAGUUGAAGAAUCGGAAGUACAUUGUCAACAUGUGGAAGACACUGGUGGAAGCUAAGGGUAUGCGUGUGGCGCUAGGGUUUGUGUGGUGUGUGUCAUUUCUCAACAAUCUCAUGGAGUGGAAAACGUUUUUCAGGGAUCCCACUUUCUGGUGGGACAACAGGUUCAAGAAGAAAAACAAGUUCUUCUCAGAGUCCUACCCGGAUUUCAAACAUGUUUCUACCGGAGAGAGCCUGUGGAUCGCCAACAGGAAAACACCAACCUGGGUCUCUGCAAAACUCGAGUCGCUCGCUGACCCAGCUGUAGGUAAGGCCACCACGGCCCGCUACAAAUCUCCACAUACCCCGGUGAGUUUAGGGAGGCUGAUACACCGCGUGAGAGACUCAGCUGAGAGCAGAUCCCUUUCUUUGGGAAAACAAGCCCAUGAAGCUGUGCUCAAGAGUGAUGAGCACAAAAGCAACAUCUACUUGUUGACGGGAUUGCUCGAUAUGUACUGCAAGUGUGGCGAGCUUGAGGAGGCUCGCAAGAUUUUCGACUCCAUGGGAACCCGGAGUGUUGUGUCCUACAACUUCGUGGCGACUUGCCUGGUAGACAUGUACUGCAAGUGUGGCGAGCUUGAGGAGGCUCGCAAGUUCGUGGCGAAUUGCCUGGUAGACAUGUACUGCAAGUGUGGCGAGCUUGAGGUGUCCUACACCGCGAUCAUCCAGGGCUGCAACACGAACGGGCGAGCUGAACUUGCUCUGGAGUACUACUCUGCCCUGAGAGCUGAUAACACCAUUCAAGCUGAUGCUUGCACCUACACCUGCGUCCUUGCUGCUUGCGGGAGUGUGAUGGCGAUCAAGCUCGGGAGGGAGAUUCACCAGCUGGUGAAGCAUAAAGGGCUGCUGAAAAACAAUCCAGUUCUGGGCUCCAGCCUGGUGAGCUUCUACGGCAAAUGCGGCGAUGUUGAUUCUGCUCAGGAAGCGUUUGACGAGUGCCGAGCUCGGGACAACACGGGUCUCUGGAACUCUCUCAUACAGGCUUACACUCUCCAGGGCCGAUCGAUCGAGGCCUUGGAGCGUUUCUAUUCCAUGACUCAGGAGGAGGGCUGUAAAGCUGACGAUGUGAGUUUUGUCUCGGUGUUGAACGCUUGCAGCCAUGGUGGUCUGGUCGGGAAAGGAAGGCAGCUUCUGGAUGAAAUGCCCAAGCAGUAUGGAGUCAAGCCACGUCUGGAGCAUUAUGUGUGCCUGAUCGAUAUGCUCGGGCGAGCUAACCUCCUCGACGAAGCUGUGAGAGUUCUCAGAGCCAUGCCUUUUGAACCGGACGCAGUGGUUUGGACGUCCCUGCUCGGAGCCUGCCGGAAGUGGAAGAAUUACACGAUCGGCAAACUCGCGUUUGAGCGUCUUGUGGAGAUGGAUCCCAAGAGCUGCACGCCCUACGCAUUGAUGGCCAAUAUAUUUGGAAACCUGGGGAUGCUCAGUGAAAUGGCCGCUGUUGUGGAGAGAAUGAGAGGUGAAGGCAGCUUCAGGGAGCCCGGGAGAAGCUGGUGGACGGAUGUUAGCUCAGGAAAAGUGCAUUCUUUUUCUGUCGGGGAUAGGAGUCACUCACAGAGCGACGAGAUUGCGGCCAAGCUCAAGCAAUUGUUGCUGAGAAUGAAAGAGGAGGGGUACGCGAGCGAUGUGAUCAACGUUCUAAAAGACAUACCCGAGGAAGAGAAAGAGGAUCACCUGUGCGGCCACAGUGAGAAGCUUGCGCUGGGGUGUGCUCUGGUGAACUCGCACCAGAAGGAGACCAUCAGAAUUGUGAAAAAUCUCCGAGUUUGUGACGGUUGCCAUGCGGCCACUGCUCUCAUCUCUAAGCUGGAAAAAAGGCUAAUCAUCUGCAAAGAUGCCAGUCGGGUUCAUGUGUUCCAGGAUGGCAGAUGUUCCUGUGACAACUACUUUUAAAACAUGUCAGUGCUCUUUCUUGCAGUUAUCCCUGGUUU